AUGGCUAAAUUGGAAAAUCUUGGACCAUUCACUUUCUUCUGGACGUUGUCAUCGGGUGAGGUUAGAUGGAUGGAAAAUUUCAUGUCAGUACUUGCAUUAGAAGGUAGAACGAUCUCGUACGAAAUCAACGGUGAAAAAGAAACAAUACACGUUGAUGGUAAGCCGCUCCAAGAACUACUUGACCAACAAUCGCUACAUGAGCUAGUCCGCAAGAAUGUACUCCUUGUGACACAAAAUUUCAACAACCGGGUUAAAGCUAUGGUGAAAAAUGUUAUUGCUGGCAAGAACAAUCCAAUGCAUUCAACAUUCUAUAAUUACAGAGUUGAAUUUCAGGUACGGGGCGCACUGCACAUACAUGGAGUGCUGUGGGUUGACUAUAAAGAGAUGGAAAACUAGUGAACAGUGUCGUAUAGUAGCAGCAUUCGUGGAUAAAUUCACGACAUGCAGCUUAUCCAAUCCACAAGUGGUUGAUAAGGUACGUGAGGUGCAGACACACAAACACACACGAACCUGUCGCAAGAAAGGAAACAACUGUAGGUUUGGUUUUCCUAGAUACCCCAGUGAGCAAACGAUAAUAGCCCAACCGCUAGAGAGAGAUAUUUUCAUCGGAUACAGAAUACGACAAUGCUAAAAAGCGUUACCAAAAUAUUCUAAGCGCUGUGAAAGAUAGUCUGGAGGAAUUAAAAGAAGAUCAAUACAUCACAGUCUCUGUGGAUAAAAUCCUAGAAAGAAAGAACAUUUCAAAGUCUGCCGCACUACGCGUUACUGCUCGAGGUACAGUCAUUAUUUUAAAAAGAGCUUUAAAUUAAAUAUUUGUGAACAAUUACAAUCCUGAAUGGUUGAACGCAUGGGAUGCAAAUAUGGAUAUACAAGUAUGUUUAGAUUACUAUGGUAUUAUCACCUAUAUCACCGAUUAUUAUACUAAAGAUGAAUCAGGCACCAUGCCAUUUUUGAUUGACGCAUUGAAGGAAUGCACUGAAAAGCAAUCAUCUGAGAAAAUGCACGUCAUAGCGAAACGUUUCUCACACACCGACUGAAGGGUGAAUGUGAAGCUCCCUACUGCAUUGAUCCUAAUCUACAUCUCACAGAUUCAAAUAUCAAAACUGUAUGGGUCGCCUCGAACUUUCCUUCCAAUCGUCGUAAAUUCCUGAGAAAGGUUGGUGAUAACGAUAAGAAUGAUGACGAUCUGCAAAGUUGUGAUGAGAACUGUGAAUAUGAAGAGAAUCAAUCUCAGGCCCCUGAUACUACAGGCAAGACAAUAUGUAUUCCUGGAAAAAAGGAAAAUAUGUUCAAAAUUCUUCAUCAAUACAUGAAAAGUAUGCAGCCCGAGCUAUUGCUCUAUCCAAAAUCUCUUUGGCACAGUUUUCUACAUUAUAUGAUACGUGCCCUAUCACAUCAAAACGUGUGCAAGAAUUUAAGAAAACCAACGAUAAAAGAAGCUCGCAGGCAAUUGUAACAGGAGCCGAUGAUGAUAGUGAUGUAGAAUAUCUACCUGAAGUGAUUGAUGUUCAGGGACAGUUUAUGAAAAUACGAACUCGGCCAUCAGUUCUCCGAUAUAAGAAGUACCGAGAAGACACUGAACCCCACGCGUUCAUAUAUUCAGAGUUGCUGCUAUAUCAUGCCUGGAAAAUCGAAGAGGAUCUUUCACCCAAUGACUUUGAUACAUGUCUAGCAUUAUACAGAGAAAAACGUGGCAUGAUUGAAAAAGUGAAAAACGUCCUUUUUCCUCACAAAAACAACAUUGAACAGGGUCGAGCGUUUAUAGAUUCCAUUGGAUAUGUACAUGCUAGUCACAUUGGUUAUGAUUUAGAUCCAGAACACGAACAAAUGCAGGGAAACGACGAAGAAACUGCAAUGGAGGUAGAUGCUAAUGACAUUCUAAGACACCCGGGUAAUAUCGCAGGUCUAGACGGAAGCACUGACGAAAGAAAUGACUUUGGCAUCUACCAUAGAUUCGAUAUCUCAGAUACAGUUGCAAUGGCGAAGGAUGUACAGAAGCUAGAUGUUGAUCAACGCCAAGUUUUUUAUGUAGUUUUACAAUAUUCUCGAGAUUUGCACAAGAUGACCGACGAUCAACUAAGCAAGUGCGAGGCUCCGCUUUUAGUGGUGCAUAGUGGUGCUGGAAUGGGAAAAUCAACAUUGAUCAAAACCAUCGCAAAGUGGACUGAAGCUACACUCCGCCGUGAUGACGAUAGACAUCCCGAUCAGCCAUUCAUUGUUUUGACAGCACCAACUGGUACUGCAGCGAAAAAUAUUAAAGGUCUCACUCUACACUCUGCUUUCAAUAUGCCAUUCGGAAAUGAUUUUAUUAAUCUUGGCGACAAAAAGCAUGACCAAAAGAGACAUGAGUUGUCCAGGUUUCGAAUUCGUAUUGUUGACGAAAUGUCUAUGGUAAAGGUGAAUCUGCGGUUGAAGGAAAUCAAACAAAAUGAUAAAGAUUUCGGCGGGCUUGCUGUUCUCAUAUUUGGCGAUCUCAUGCAAUUAAGACCUGUUCAGGCGAGGUACAUUUUUCAAACCCCAAAGAACGAAAAAUUUGCAUUAUCGCAUGUGGUGCGAUCUCUGUGGGAAAACUUCAAAGUUGUGGAAUUACGGCAUAAUCACAGACAAGGUGAGGACGGCGAAUAUGCAGAUAUUCUCAAUCGCAUACACUUCGGAAAACAUACAGAAAAGGAUAUAGAGCUUCUAUGA